CAGUGAACUGUGUGUAUAAUUUAGUAAAACGUCAUGGCGGACGCAGCUGCUAGGCAGUUGCAAUAUGAAUACAAAGCCAACUCCAAUCUUGUACUUCAAGCCGAUGUGAGGCUUAUUGAACGCAGAGGUCGCGAUGAGGCGACUGGAGAAGUUCUCUCUUUAUCUGGAAAACUCACUGGGACCCGUAUGGGUGACCGUGCGCAACGCACAAAGCCUGACAAAGCAGAGGAGAGAAAAGCUAAACGACAGAAACGCGACGAAGCCUCAUAUGAGCUGUCCAAAUCUAAAUCCGCUCGGGUGGCGUGGGCCGAUGAUCCACCCGGAGUGUUGUACAGACCGCGUGCUCAGCACACGCGGCACGCUUACGAGCUACUAUUGUCGUUCAUGCAGAGCUCUUUGGGGGACCAACCUAGGGAUAUAUUGUGUGGGGCUUGCGAUGAGGUCCUCGUCGUCCUCAAGAACGACAAGUUGAAAGAUCCAGACAAGAAGAAAGAGAUAGAACUACUGCUUGGACCCAUUGCCGAUGAGAGAUUCGCCGUAUUGGUUAACUUAGGUAAGAAGAUAACGGACUUCAACAUCAGCACAUCGAACGAAGGCAACACAGAGAUCGAUGAGACCUAUGGCAUCAAUGUGCAGUUCGAAGAGUCAUCGGAGGAGGAUGAUGAAGAUGCAUACGGAGAGGUACGCGAAGAAGAUAAAGAAGAUGGGGAGGGGUCUGACAACGAAAAGGGCAGAGAAUCUAGCGGCGAUGAAGGAAGCGAUGCUGAGGGCAAGAAGAAUGCUAUACACGCCAAUUUGUCUGAGGAACAGUCGCAGAAGAGGCGGGAUGCCACUCUCCAUCCCAUGGAUAUAGACGCUUACUGGCUACAAAGAAGACUAUCCAGACACUUCCCAGACGCUAUGGUGUCUCAGGGUAAAUCGAGCGAAGUUCUUCGCGCCUUAGCCGAAGCGGCGGACGAGCGAGACCUGGAGAACAGACUUGUGUUGCUUCUGGGUUACGACUGCUUCAGCUUCGUGAAGUUGCUGAAUAAAUACAGAUAUAUGAUUUUGUACUGUACCAAGUUGGCCAGUUCUCAAUCAGAAAGUGAAAGAGCUUCCAUCAGGGAGGAGAUGUCCAAACAGCCCCAUCUGCAGAAGAUCCUGGCUCAAAUAGAGACGGGGAAGGGAGACGACGAGACGGCGCAACAAUCCGAAGCUCCCCGCAAACGUCACAAGUCGGACGUAGAAGCGGAGGGGGCAAGCGGUGGCAUCGGGGGGCAAGUGACGGGCAGCAGAAGGGUAUUACAAUUGGAUGAGCUGGUAUUCGCGGCCGGAGCUCACUUUAUGGCAAAUAAGAGGUGUCAGUUGCCACCAGGAUCUUUUAGGAAACAGAGGAAAGGUUACGAAGAAGUCCACGUGCCAGCGUUGAAACCGAAGCCUUUCGAGGAAGACGAGACUUUGGUGCCCAUAGAGAAGUUGCCUAAAUACGUGCAGCCAGCCUUCGACGGAUUCAAGACUUUAAACAGGAUACAGAGUCGCAUCUCCAAAGCUGCUCUAGAAACCGAUGAGAACCUUCUAGUUUGCGCUCCCACUGGAGCCGGUAAAACUAACGUAGCUCUCCUGACGAUACUACGUGAAGUCGGCAAGCACGUGAACGACGAUGGGACCGUAAACGUGAACGACUUCAAGAUGAUCUACGUUGCGCCGAUGAGGUCGCUCGUACAGGAAAUGGUGGGAAGCUUCAGCAAGCGUCUGUCAGCCUACAACAUGAAAGUGUCAGAGUUAACUGGAGACCAUCAGCUGACCAGAGAGCAGAUAGACGCGACACAACUCAUCGUCUGCACGCCGGAGAAAUGGGACAUUAUCACUAGGAAAGGUGGAGAACGUUCCUUCACCAACCUGGUCCGUCUGAUCAUCAUCGACGAGGUUCACCUGCUGCACGAUGAACGAGGCCCCGUGCUGGAGGCGCUGGUGGCCAGGACUCUACGCACUGUGGAGCAGACGCAGGAGCAGGUUCGUCUGGUAGGGUUGUCAGCUACGCUACCCAAUUACACAGACGUGGCGGCUUUCCUAAGAGUGCGCCCUGAACAAGGAUUAUUCUAUUUUGAUAAUUCAUUCAGACCAGUGGCGUUGGAGCAGCAAUACAUCGGCGUGACCGAAAAGAAGGCCUUGAAAAGGUUUCAGGUCAUGAACGAUAUCGUAUACGAGAAGACCAUGGAGCACGCCGGAAGGAAUCAGAUUCUAGUGUUCGUGCACUCCAGAAAGGAAACCGGAAAAACCGCACGUGCUAUAAGAGACAUGUGCUUGGAAAAAGAUACGCUUGGCCAGUUCCUUAGGGAAGGCUCAGCCAGCAUGGAAGUGCUACGCACAGAAGCCGAGCAGGUGAAGAACCCGGAACUUCGAGAGUUACUACCGUAUGGGUUUGCCAUCCAUCACGCCGGCAUGAGUCGAGUGGACAGAACGCUGGUGGAAGAUCUGUUUGCUGACAGGCAUAUACAGGUGUUAGUAUCAACAGCCACUCUCGCCUGGGGAGUCAACCUCCCCGCCCACACUGUAAUAGUGAAAGGCACCCAAGUGUACUCCCCGGAAAAGGGACGUUGGGGCGAGUUGGGAGCGCUGGACGUUCUACAGAUGCUGGGUCGAGCGGGGAGACCGCAGUACGAUACUAAAGGGGAAGGCAUCCUGAUAACCAACUACUCGGAACUGCAAUACUACUUGUCUCUGCUCAACCAGCAGUUGCCCAUAGAGUCACAGUUGGUCGGCAAACUACCUGAUAUGCUGAACGCUGAAAUUGUACUGGGUUCCGUACAGAGUGUGAGAGAUGCUGUGACUUGGUUAGGUUACACGUACCUGUACAUAAGAAUGCUUCGUCAGCCGGCUUUAUACGGUAUCACGCCGGAGAAGCAACAGGAGGAUCCCUUAUUGGAGUUGCAUAGAGCAGAUCUUGUGCAUACAGCCGCUUCCUUGUUGGACAAGGCGGGUUUGGUAAAAUACGAGCGCAAGUCGGGACACCUCCAGCCUACCGAGCUGGGCCGCAUAGCUUCCCACUAUUACUGCACAUACGAGACGAUGCAACAGUACAACCAACUAUUGAGACCUACACUCGGAGAAAUAGAGUUGUUCAGAGUGUUCUCGCUGUCGGCUGAAUUCAGACAUGUGGCUGUAAGAGAUGAGGAGAAACUGGAGUUGCACAAGCUGAUGGAAAGGGUACCUAUACCUAUCAAGGAGAGUAUAGAAGAACCUUCAGCUAAAAUCAACGUGUUACUGCAAGCAUAUAUAUCACAGUUGAAACUGGAAGGGUUUGCGUUAAUGGCUGACAUGGUAUACGUCACACAGUCAGCCUGCAGACUGCUCAGAGCUAUAUUUGAGAUCGUAUUGCAUAGGGGUUGGGCGCAAUUGGUCGACAAAACGUUAGCUUUAUGCAAAAUGGUGGACAGACGAAUGUGGCAAUCCAUGUCGCCUCUUAGACAAUUCAGGAAAAUGCCAGAGGAGGUCAUAAAGAAGCUAGAAAAGAAGAACUUCCCAUGGGAGAAGCUGUACGACCUCGGCCCCAACGAAAUAGGUGAAUUGGUUCGCGCCCCGAAACUCGGCAAGAUGUUGCACAAACACAUACACCAGUUUCCGAAACUCGAGCUGGCCACCCACAUCCAGCCAAUCACCAGAUCUACUCUGAGGGUGGAACUGACUAUAACUCCUGACUUCCAAUGGGACGAAAAGGUCCACGGCCAAUCUGAAGCCUUCUGGAUCCUAGUGGAAGACGUGGACUCGGAAGUGAUACUGCAUCACGAAUAUUUCCUGCUGAAAGAGAAAUAUUGUCGCGACGAGCAUCAGGUGAAACUGUUCGUGCCAGUGUUCGAGCCGCUGCCUCCGCAGUAUUUUCUCCGAGUGGUUUCUGAUAGGUGGAUAGCAUCCGAGACCCAGUUACCAGUUUCAUUCCGUCACCUCAUAUUGCCCGAGAAGAACCUACCGCCCACAGAGCUUCUGGACCUACAACCUUUACCGAUCUCGGCGUUGAGGAACGCCGCUUACGAACAGUUGUACAAUGAGGCGUUCCCACAGUUCAAUCCUGUGCAGACACAGGUUUUCAACGCCGUAUACAACACGGACGAGAACGUAUUCGUGGGCGCUCCGUCCGGUUCCGGUAAAUCCGUGAUAGCCGAGCUGGCUUUACUGAGGCUGCUGUCGAGCAACGCCGCAGGGCGAGCCGUGUAUCUACUGCCCAAGGACGCGCUCGCCGACAUCGUCUUCGCCGAUUGGUACCACAAAUUCGGUGCCAAAUUCAACCUUAAGGUAGUGCAACUGACAGGCGAAACAGCUACAGAUCACAAGCUAUUGAAUAAGGGACAAAUUAUUAUCACCACCGCUGAGAAAUGGGAUGUUCUAUCUCGGAGAUGGAAAGUGCGCAAGAGUGUACAGAGUGUAUCUCUGUUCAUAGUGGAUGCUUUACAAUUAUUGGGGGGAGAAGAAGGCCCAGUUUUAGAAGUGGUGUGCUCUAGGAUGAGAUAUAUCGCCUCGCAGAUCGGUCGUCCUAUCCGCAUCGUGGCACUGUCGCUCCCCCUAGCGGAUGCCAGAGACGUGUCGCAGUGGUUGGGAUGCGGAACUAAUUCUUCGUUCAAUUUCCACCCCAGUGUGAGGCCUUUACCCCUGGAGUUGCAUAUACAAGGGUUCAACGUUUCCCACGCGGCUUCCCGUUUGGGCGCCAUGACGCGGCCCAUAUACAAUGCCGUUGUGCGUCACGCCGGCUCGCGGCCCGUCGCCGUGUUCGUGCCGUCCCGUCGCACGGCACGGCUUUUAGCCGCCGAUCUGCUGGCGCUGGCUGCCGCCGCCGGACGGCCAGCGAGGUUCCUGAGAGCCAGGGCCGAUCUGUUGGCGCCAUUCUUGAAAAGAUUGCAAGAUAAGAUGUUGAAAGAGACCUUAGCAGCUGGUGUGGCUUACCUCCACGAGGGCGUGGAGCAGGGCGACAGGCGAGUAGUGCAGCAGCUUCUGGAGUCUGGAGCUGUGCAGCUAUGUGUAGUUGCUGCAGAACUGGCGUGGGGCUUCGCAGCACACGUGCACACUGUCAUUGUGGCCGAUACGCUAACUUACAACGGCAAACUCCACUGCUACGAGCAGUACCCCAUAACGACGGUGCUGCAGAUGCUGGGUAGGGCUUGUCGUCCUCUAGAAGACGAUCACUCUGUGGCCGUGCUGAUGUGUGUUCAGCACCAGAAGACAUUCUUCACUAAACUGCUGAACGACUGUCUGCCUUUAGAGAGUCACCUAGACCAUCGUCUACACGACCACAUGAACGCGGAAAUAGUCACUAAAACCAUAGAGAACAAACAGGAUGCCGUAGACUAUUUGACCUGGACCUUCCUGUAUAGAAGGCUGACGCAGAAUCCCAACUAUUACAAUUUACAAGGGGUCACCCAUAGGCAUCUGUCAGACCACCUCUCAGAACUGGUGGAGACCACACUGACAGACCUUGAGCAGUCCAAAUGCAUCUCCAUCGAGGACGAUAUGGACGUCCAACCUUUGAACCUGGGAAUGAUCGCUUCGUACUAUUACAUCAAUUACACGACUAUAGAAUUGUUCAGCCUGUCGCUGACCAGCAAGACCAAGAUCCGUGGUCUACUGGAGAUCAUAUCUUCGGCUGCGGAGUAUUCGGAGCUCAGCAUCCGCCAUCGGGAGGAGAAUAUCAUCAGGGCUCUGGCUGCCAAAGUGCCGCACAAACCGACGGCGCCAUCUGGCGGUGCAGUGAAGUACAAUGACCCGCACGUCAAAGCUCACGUUUUGCUUCAAGCCCACCUGUCCCGCACACAACUGCCGGCAGAAUUGCAGGCCGACACGGCUAUUGUCCUUACUAAGGCUAUACGUCUGAUUCAAGCCUGCGUAGACGUGGUAUCUAGUAGCGGUUGGCUUUCACCCGCCGUAGCCGCUAUGGAAUUAGCACAGAUGGUGACGCAAGCGAUGUGGGCGAGAGAUUCCUAUCUGAGACAACUGCCUCACUUCACGCCCGAACUGGUGCAGAGGUGCGCCGACAAGGGAGUGGAGACAGUAUUCGACGUGAUGGAACUCGAAGACAACGCUCGCGCCAAACUACUGCAGCUGUCGGCCACUGAAAUGGCGGACGUGGCCAGAUUCUGCAACAGAUAUCCCAACGUGGAGCUGUCUUACGAGGUGAAGAACGAACGUCGCCUGCGUGCGGGUAAACCCAUCGUGGUAGAAGUGUCUUUGGAGCGAGAGGAUGACGUCGUGGGACCAGUCAUAGCUCCGUUCUUCCCGCAGAAACGCGAAGAAGGCUGGUGGGUAGUCAUAGGAGAUCCGAAGACCAAUUCCCUUCUGUCCAUCAAGCGAGUGUCUCUAGGAAGAAACGCUAAAGUCAGACUUGAUUUUGUCUGCGGCGCUGGAGGCAGACACACUUACACUCUGUACUUCAUGUCUGAUGCUUAUUUGGGCGCUGAUCAGGAGUACAAAUUCAGCGUAGAAGUUGCUGACGCCGCGUCUGAUUCCAGCGGAAGCGACGGAGACUGAUGUGGAGUUAGUUUAAUAAGGAAUAUCUUAAUAAUAAAUAUGCGAUCGUGAU